GGGAUCGUUGUAAAUAUCUCAAAUUAGACACAUAAAAUAAUCGCAUGAUCUUAUUGGUAUAGAAAACCAUAGGCAGAUCUGGCAAAACCGUGAACGAGCGUGGGAAGGUAAAAAAAAGAAAAGCAAAAGUUGUGAUUUUUACUGAUGAUGCGCGAACGAGCGGGAUAUAGAGCCGCUCCGGAAGAAGAUGGCAGCGAAUCUUUGUCUCCAAAUUCGCGAUCACGCGUUAAGUAUCAAGGAAAUCGAUUCUGUAAUGGGAAACUGUGCGCGAUCUUUCUAACUUUAUCCAUUGCUCUUGGUGCAGUUGUCUUGUUCAUUUUCUCUGCAUUCGUCCAUGCAUCAGAUAGCGAAAUUGAAUUUUAUCGUCGAGCCGUGAACUAUGUCACAGGAGAUCGAUUUGCCCGAUCAACAGAGACCGAGAAAGAUUUCCCACACAAAAACAUCCUAUUGCCGAAGGAUGUAAAACCAGAAAGAUAUCAAGUGUACCUUCAUCCAAACUUAUCAAGCUUCGAUUUUCACGGAGGGGUGAAAAUCGAUGUGGUAUGCGAGAAACCGACAAGAAAUAUUCUACUACAUGUCAAACACCUAAAGAUCACAAGCUAUGGUGUUCAGGAUUCUAGUCGCAACCACCUUCCUGUGUUACGAGUGGCAGAAAGCAAGAAGCUAGAGCAAUAUCUGGUUGAGAUGAAAGAUGAGCUGAAGGAAGGCGAAAAAUACACUGUGAACCUUCAAUUUAAUGGUCAUUUGUCGAACACAAUGACAGGAUUUUACAAAAGUUCGUACAAGACCAAGAGCGGAGAAGUCAGGUACAUGGCAACGACCCAAUUUGAAGCCACGGACGCCCGAGCCGCCUUUCCCUGUUUUGACGAGCCCGAGUUUAAAUCACAAUUCAUCGUCACCUUGGUGCACGAGAAGGGAUACUCAGCCCUUUCCAAUAUGCCUGUGGAAAAGGUCAUCACACGAGGCGACGGCUUCAUGGAGAGCCACUUUAAGGAGAGUGUCAAGAUGAGUACUUAUUUACUGGCCUUCAUCGUGUGUGAUUUUGCUUACAAGGAAACGCACUCUAAAGCUGGGAAGAAGAUUCGAGUUUGGUCCAGAAAGGAUGCCAUCGAGAGCACGAGAUUGGCCGUCAGUGUGGCAGAGAACGUUCUGAAUUAUUAUGAGGAGUUCUUCAAUAUACCGUACCCUCUGCCUAAGAUGGACCUGGUCGCUGUGCCUGAUUUCGCGGCUGGAGCGAUGGAAAACUGGGGACUACUCACUUUCCGCGAAACUUACCUGCUGAGUGACCCGGCCUCUGCCAGCGCCGCUGACAAACAGGAUGUAGCAGUAGUGGUGUCUCACGAACUUGCGCACCAGUGGUUUGGUAACCUGGUCACUAUGAAGUGGUGGAAUGACUUGUGGCUCAACGAAGGCUUCGCUAACUAUGUGGAAUACAUCGGAACGGAUCACUUCCGAAAGGAUUGGAAAGUGCUGGAGCAGUUUGUUGCACACACACUACAGACAGCACUGUCCGCUGACAGUAUGGCCAACACACACGGUUCUUCCAUUAUUCGUAUGCUUAGAAGUUUUAUUGGAGACAAGAAUUUCCAGAAAGGAUUGGAGCUUUAUCUGAAUCGUCACAAGUAUGCUAAUGCAGCCGCUGAUGACCUAUGGAGCGCUUUGAGUGAGAUCUGCAAGGAUCUCGAUGUAAAAGCUAUCAUGGACACAUGGAUUAAACAGAAAGGGUACCCUGUGGUCUACAUCGCGGAGAAUAGCGCUCAAGCGAGAGAUGGCUCUAAAAAGUUGUUCGCAACUCAGAAACGAUUCUUACGAGACAUUAGACAAGGAACAAAACAAUACGAUGACGAGUCUAAAGGUUAUCAAUGGCACAUACCGCUGACAUAUGUGACGUCGCAAAACCCUCACAAGCAACAUACGGUGUGGAUGAAGAAGGAAAAUGUUCACGUUCCGUCUGUCAAGAAGUACAAAUGGAUCAAGGCAAACGUUGGACAGACAGGAUUUUAUCGUGUAAACUACAGCAAAAAGAACUGGAACAAUCUUGUCAAACAGCUCCAGAAUAAUCACAAGGUUUUGGCUGCUGUGGAUAGGAGCGGAUUGAUUGAUGAUGCUUUUAACUUGGCCAGGGCUGGCCAACUGGAUAUGUCCACUGCAUUGGGUCUGACGAAUUACUUAGAUAAGGAGAGAGAAUACGUCCCAUGGUCCUCUGCUCUCGGUCAUUUGGGUUUCAUUGGGUCAAUGUUGACCAUGCGCCCUUCAUACGGAUUCUACCGGAAAUACAUUGUGAAGAAGGUGAAGCCACUCGAAAAGUACGUGGGAUGGGGAACUGAUGGCGAUAUCCUCAAGAUGUAUCUGCGAAACAAUGUGCUGUCAACAUUAGCCAGCCAUGGUGAUGAACAUGCAGUGGAUUACAGUUUGACUGGAUUCAGAAUGUGGAUGAAGAAUCAAAGCCUCACAAUCUCUCCUCAUCUACGGGACAUUGUAUACCAUACUGCUAUUAAGUUCGGUGGACUAGAAGAAUGGGAAUUUAUGUGGGAGAAAUACCAGAAAUCCAUUGACGCCACUGAGAAAUCCAGGAUACUGUACGCUUUAACAGGCACCAAAGAACCUUGGCUGUUGAACAGGAUCCUGGAAUCUUCACUUGAUGAAUCAAAGAUCAGAACACAGGACAUGUUACACGCUAUUUCUGGGGUUGGCUCACAUGUCUAUGGACGCCUUCUGACUUGGGACUUCAUCAGAAAGAACUUUGACAAGAUCGUGAAAAAGAUGGGAAAUGACGCAAUGGAAAUCAGUUAUUUGGUCAACAUCGCCAGCCGAGGAAUGAACACAGAGUUCCAACUUCAAGAGUUCAAGGAUUUUAUCAAUCAACACAAAGAUACAGUGGGUUCCCUGCGCGCGACAAAGAAAUCAUUGGAGUACAUAGAGGGUUGUAUUAACUGGAUGAAAAAUCAUGGGAAGAAAGUUGAAGACUGGCUCCAAUCCCAAGUGGAUUCCCUCAGCAGUAGACUGGAAGAUCUCUGAGAAAAAUGAAAUAUUUACAACAUUACACCUUAGUGGUAUCUCAACAAACUGUGGCUGUUUCCGAGCUACUUUUUAGUUAAACCUUUCGGAUUUACCUUCAUGCAUACUUUUAAGAUAAGAAAGUGUCGCAGUCAUUCUUCAUGAGUGUGGUGCAUUUCCCCCCCUAUAUUCUAAACGGAAACGUUUGUACAGACCCGGCAAAAGAGAAUGGAAACCCACUUUGUGAAGCUAACAUUUGUCAAAAGAAGGUCUUUCCUUUA